GAGGUUUGCUGGAUAAUUUCUACCUAAACAUGGACCCUGAAGACAAAAGGGAAGUUAAUAGGAAGGCCCAGAGAAUCAAAGACAGGUAUUCGACAGAUGAAGCAGCUCUCAAAGAUAUUGCGAAACAAGCAAUUAAAGCUCAAGCAAAUUCUAUUAAAAUGAGCAAAGAUAUCGAAAGGAUUCUUGUAGAAUGAGAAACUAUUGAGAGAGAUGUCGAGAACCUCAAAAGGAAAAACAGGAAAGCACAAGAGGCUAAAAAGAACCCGUUCCUUGGUGUGGAUGACUCAGAUAGCGAUUAAUUCCUUAUAAGGUGAAAAGAAUUUCAGU